AGGAUAUCAGGAACAUCUGCUUGACUGAAAUGACAUUGAAAGUUCCAUCUUCUCCAUUUUUCCCGGAUGAUAUUAGUCCAAAAAAUUAACAUCGAAUGGCGUUGAUCAAACGAUCGAAAAUGCCACCACUCGUCGACUCACCCGCCAAAACCCUACGCAUGCGCAGUCGUUUUUCAGCCCUGUCGUCGAAACUGGAAGCCGAGCACCUUUCUCCAACACUGUUCUGUGGAAAACUCCCUUCCUGCUGUAUGGUUUGAACAAUGUCGCGAAGAAUUUUGACAGAUGUUAAAAUUGUUGACAUCCAGAAACGAAAAAUACCAAGCAAACAUUACGUUUAUGUCAUAAAUGUCACUUGGUUGGAUGGGAGUGUUAAUGUUGUUUAUAGAAGAUACAGCAAGUUCUUUGACCUUCAGACCAAGCUUUUAGAAGAGUUUCCAGAUGAGAGUGGUGUGAAAGAUCCUUCUAAGAGGAUUUUACCAUUUUUGCCAGGUAAAAUUAUCUUUGGAAGAAGCCAUGUGCGAGAUGUAGCACUGCGAAGGAAGGAACCUAUCAGUGAAUAUUGCAAGGAACUCAUCUCACUACCUCCCAAGAUAUCAACUUGUAGCAUUGUUGUCAAAUUUUUUGAGCCACAGUCAGAGGACAUAGACUUACCUCCUAAGGAGAAAGACAAGAAAAAGAAGGGAAAGGAUUCAGUUGACCAUAUAUCCGGGCCUGUGUCGUUGGAGCAGUAUGUGGCCAUUGCAGACUACAAAAAACAAAACAGAAAUGAAGUAAAUAUGGUGGCAGGAGAUAUAGUGGAAGUUAUCGACAAGAAUGAAAAUGGCUGGUGGUUUGUUAAUGUGGAUGAAGAGCAGGGCUGGGUUCCAGCAGCUUAUCUGGAGAGUGAGGAUGGCAAUACGGAUGAGUUUGAAAAUACUCCUGUUUCAUCAGGAGAGAGGUUGAUCACAACAACAAAUUACAAAGCAGAGCUAGACGACGAAAUUUCAUUCGAAGUCGGUGUGCUAGUGACCGUGUUAGAGAAGAACUUUGAUGGUUGGUGGCUUAUUCGGUACCAGGAUCGUGAGGGAUGGGCGCCUGCCAUGUAUCUGAAAAAACCGGAGCCCUCUCAGGUUCAAGCUAUACGCCAUGGCUCAGCAUCACUAGCAAGAGAGAAAGGUUUGACUCAAGGGAGCAGUGUUACUAAACCUCCUGAAUCACACAGGACAGAGUCAAAAGUUCGGAAGGUGCCUCCAAGAAAGAGUUCGGUUAAGAAGUCAAUAAAGAAGCUGCCAGUCCACAUCACAAACAUGUCUUAUGAGCAGACGAUGGCACUCGGCGAUUCCCUUAGACAGCCCAAGUCACCAGAAGUGGAAUAUUUCACCCUUGGCGAUUUUCGUUCUCUGGGCGUUGAAGGCGCGUUAAACUUUACAGAAGGAGUAUCGGUGGAGGUUUUUGAAAAAGCUCCCAAUGGAUGGUGGCUGGGAAAAAUUGGAGGUAAUGAGGGUUGGAUUCCUUCCUCAUACCUGGGAAAAAGGGGCAAGGAGAAAACACCUGAGAAAAACUCGUUUGCAAAACAGCGUGACUCUCCAAAACAAAGCGAUUCAAAGAGAGUAAUUCCUGCUUCAAAUGCCUCACAAAGCAUUUCCAAGUCGUCAGCGUCUGUCGCUAAUAAGGCUUCAGACGUUCACGCAACGUUUAUCACUUUGGCGGAUUAUGAAGAUAAUUUUGAAGGAAGUAUUUCAUUCAAAGAGGGACAAAUAGCACAUUUAAUAGAGAAAAAUCAGGAUGGAUGGUCAUUUGUACGGAUACAAGACAAAGAAGGCUGGGUGCCGUCUAGCUAUCUUGCUUCCAGUGCAGAUAAGAAAUCUACAGCACCUCCGAGACCAGCGGCGCCCGCGGGUGUAAAGCCACCCGCGAGUAUAAAGCCACCCGCGAGUGUAAAGCCACUCUCGGGUGAAAAGACACCCGCGAGUGUAAAGCUACCCUCAGGUGUAAAGCCACUCUCGGGUGUAAAGCCACCCUCGGGUGAAAAGCCACCCUCAAAAGGAAGACCGGAAGUUUCAACUCAACAGGGAAAGGCUGUAAGUGAGGCGCAAUCACAGCGAAUUAAGAUACCGUUACCUCCUGUGAAAGCUUCAGUCAAGCCGCCUUCGUCUUUAACAAAUCCUGUGCCAAAGAAACCUGAUCUUCCGACUAAACCUGAAGUAAAACCGCGCUCGAAGAUUUCCCAAGCUGAAGUGCCACCAAGGCCAUCGCUUAGAAAAAUAAUUUCUGUUCCUGAGAACAAGAAAACGAUGUGUAAAGCCUUGGAGUCAUUCUCUUCUAAUGGCGAAGGUUUGUCAUUCUGCAAGGGAGACGAAUUUGAGUUUCUAGAGGAUUCCAAUACCGGUUGGUGGCUUAUCAAGACAAAACAUGGUAAUGAAGGCUGGGCGCCGGCUUCGUACUUAGAAACAGUGAACAAAAAACCAACAGUAUCCGGAAAACCAGCUAGACCAAAUCCUCCGAAGACUGGACAACAGCAAAACGCGAAAACAGUUUAUGUGGCAGUAGCAGCUUAUACUGAUGACGGUGAUAAAGAAUGCAUUAGCUUCAAGGAAGGUGAUCGAAUGGAAGUGCUGGAGAUGGACGAGGGAGGCUGGUGGCUAGUUAAGAUUGGAGCCAAGUCUGGAUGGGCGCCGUCAAAUUAUUUGCAAGCUUUAGAAUGAAAUAUUCAGAAGUAAAAAUGUAAAUAAUAAUGGAUAAUUGUUGAUAAAUCGAAGUUCUUAAUGGCUCUGAAUGUUUAUGGGUACAAAACAAAAUCAGGUAUUGUUUCAUCUUUCAACCUCAAGGUGAUUUCGUUUGUUUUAUUCCCCUAAACCUCCGUGCCAAGUCAUACGUCACAUAUCAUACAUGAUGUACUGUAUGUGAAGAACUCACUGUUGAUUGUUAGUGACCUAAUCUGGUUUAGUAAUUUGGGAUCAGUUUCCGUAAUGAAAUCACCAUUGGCAGUUUAUUUGAACUCGGUAGGAAAGGCUUUGCGGUUUUCUGAGCCUAUGAAGGGAGUACAGACACUGUAUUCUGCAAUUGACUAAGUCAGCAUUCUAUGAUUUUUAGUUCCUGUACAUCGUUCUCUCUCUCUUACAUUUCUUUGACUAGAACUGAACUCGUAAUGACCUUGAAAUUUGUAAGUGCCUUUAGUCUCUCUCUAUUUAGUUUCAGUUGUUUCAAUUAGUCAAAUGCCACUUAGAAUAUAAAUAUAUAUUACGAAUUCACUGAAUGUUACACGACGCAGUUACUGAAAAAGGAAGAAACGCAUCGUUUCCAAACAUAAGUAAUGUCUUACAAGUUUCAUUACAAAUUUUAAUACUUCAAUGAAUGUGGUAAAGAUCUCUAAGGCUGAUUCAGAAUUGAGGCCUUGUAAGUCCUCUGGUACAGUCAGGAAAGCGUUUGACUUGCACAAAUAUUUUCACUAGUUUUAAAGAAAGUGCGAGUCCCUUCUUUCUAUAAAAAUCAAGCCGAGCAACUGUUUGAACUGUAUUGAAUAGCACAUUAAAUGAAGGAUUAAGAUA